AUGACGCUCUCUCAGCAAUCAAAUGCUCGAAUCUCGGGCCCGAAGGACAAGCAGCCUGCUCUUCGAGUGCCCCGAUUCCGUUCUCAACCCCAGCGACGCAAGCACCAUGCGGCACCCUACGUCGGAGGUAUCCCACCGCAACGUGUCCUCGUGCCUCCUACUCCCUCCACCCAAGCUAGUAUGGAUAGUUUCUUCCCGAGGACAGCAGCCACAACGUCUUCCUGGGAUUUUUCGGGUAUCUCACAAGAGAACAAUGCCGAUAUCAACGACACUCCAACAGGUGACUCUGAGCACUCAACCUUGAGUGGAGCUCUUGAACGGAUCAACCAUUCCAGCGACUAUAUCAGCAAGACACAAAGUGGCAGCAGCGUCGGAACUUCUCCACUGCUUGUUGACAAAGACCGCCGAAAGAAAAGAGCUUUAGACAUGAGUUCACCUGCAACAUUCAUCCAAAACGACGGCGUCGGGCCCCUCCAUACGCUUCCUAUCGAAAGAAGCCUAUCCCAUCAGAUCGAUCCUUCGGAACACAGAAAGAUUGACGUUCCUUCUUGGCCGACAGCGUAG